AGAUGUGUAUAUGCCAAGGUUUCUAUGGGCACCAUGAGACACCGAAGAAAUGGCAAUUUUGAGAGUUCCAGACUCCUUUAUUCCAGCAUGUCUCGCAGCAUAGAUGUGUCAUGCAGUGACAGUGAUUUAGUCAACUUCAUUCAAGAAAACUUUAAGAAGAGAGAAUGUGUUUUCUUUACAAAAGACACCAAGUCAAUGGACAACUUAUGUAAAUGUGGAUACCCUGAAAAUCAACAUAUAGAGGGCACUCAAAUUAAUAACAGUGAGAAAUGGAAUUACAAGAAGCACACCAAGGAAUUUCCUACUGAUGCCUUUGGGGACAUUCAGUUUGAAAACUUAGAGAAAAGAGGAAAGUACAUCCGUCUGUCAUGUGACACAGACUCUGAAACACUCUAUGAUCUCAUGACUCAGCACUGGCACCUGAAAACCCCCAACUUAGUCAUUUCUGUCACUGGGGGAGCAAAGAAUUUUGCACUCAAGCCCCGGAUGCGCAAGAUAUUCAGCAGGCUGAUCUACAUUGCCCAGUCCAAAGGGGCCUGGAUUUUCACAGGAGGCACGCAUUAUGGACUGAUGAAGUACAUCGGGGAAGUGGUGAGAGACAACACCAUCAGUCGGAGCUCAGAGGAAAAUGUGGUGGCUAUUGGCAUAGCAGCCUGGGGCAUGAUUUCCAACCGAGAAAGUCUGAUUCGCAGUAGUGAUAAUAACGGGUACUACUUGGCCCACUAUAUAAUGGAUGAUCUCAAGAAAGACCCUCUCUAUUGCCUAGAUAAUAAUCAUACCCAUCUCUUACUGGUUGAUAAUGGCACCCAUGGGCACCCAGCAACAGAGGCAAAAGUGCGAACUCAGUUAGAAAAGUACAUUUCAGAGCGAGUUAUCCCAGAAUCUAAUUAUGGUGGGAAGAUUCCAAUUGUAUGUUUUGCCCAAGGUGGAGGAAAAGAAACUUUGAAAUCUAUCAAUGUGGCCAUCAAGAGCAAAAUUCCCUGUGUUGUAGUAGAAGGCUCUGGCCGGAUUGCUGAUGUCAUAGCUAGCUUGAUGGAGACAGAAGGUACUGUUACUUCUUCAUGUGUCAAGGAGAGCUUGCUCAGGUUUCUGCCUCGCACCAUUUCAAGACUCUCAGAAGAAGAAACUGAAAGUUGGAUCAGAUGGAUCAAAGAAGUCCUUGAGAACCCUCAUUUGCUGACAGUUAUCAAAAUAGAAGAAGCUGGUGAUGAAAUUGUGAGCAAUGCCAUUUCUUUUGCUCUGUACAAAGCUUUCAGCACCAAUGAACAUGACAGAGAUAACUGGAAUGGACAGCUAAAGCUGCUGCUAGAGUGGAACCAGUUGGACCUGGCUAGUGAUGAGAUCUUCACCAAUGACCGAAACUGGGAGUCAGCGGACCUUCAGGAUGUCAUGUUCACAGCUCUGGUAAAAGAUAGGCCCAAAUUUGUUCGUCUCUUCUUGGAAAAUGGCUUGAACUUAAGGAAGUUCCUUACAACAGAGGUCCUUACAGAGCUGUACACAAACAACUUCAGCAGCCUGGUGUUUAAGAACCUGCAAAUUGCAAAGAAUUCCUAUAAUGAUGCACUCCUCACAUUUGUGUGGAAGAUGGUUGAAGACUUCCGAAGAGGUCUCAAAAGAGAUAAGAACAGCAAGGAUGAGACGAGGAUACAGUUCUCAGAUGAAUGUCCUAUCACAAGGCAUCCAUUGCAAGCUCUGUUUAUUUGGUCAAUUCUUCAGAACAAGAAAGAAUUGUCCAAAGUCAUCUGGGAGCAAAGGGCUUUGCAUGACUUUACUCUUCCACAGACCAGAGGUUGCACUUUGGCAGCCCUUGGGGCCAGUAAACUCCUGAAAAGCCUGGCUAAGGUGAAGAAUGAUAUAAAUGCUGCUGGUGAGUCUGAAGAACUUGCUAAUGAGUAUGAGACGAGAGCAGUAGAGCUGUUUACUGAAUGCUACAGCAGUGAUGAAGAUCUAGCUGAGCAGCUGCUGACCUAUUCCUGUGAAGCCUGGGGAGGGAGCAACUGCCUGAAAUUAGCAGUGGAAGCUAAAGACCAGCAAUUCAUUGCACAGCCAGGAGUGCAGAAUUUCCUUUCCAAGCAGUGGUAUGGAGAAAUUUCAAGAGAUACCAAGAAUUGGAAGAUUAUAUUGUGUCUGUUCUUUUUCCCUUUAAUUGGCUGUGGUUUCAUCUCAUUCAGGAAAAAGCCUGUGGAGAAGAGUAAGAAACUCUUGUUGUAUUAUGUGUCUUUCUUCACCUCUCCGUUUGUGGUCUUCUCCUGGAAUGUUAUCUUCUACAUUGCUUUCCUGCUGCUCUUCGCCUACAUCUUGCUCAUGGAUUUCCAGAAGGAGCCUACCAUCCUGGAGAUUACCCUUUACGUGCUGGUCUUCAUCCUGCUUUGUGAUGAAGUGAGACAAUGGUACACAAAUGGCAGUAAGUAUUUCUCAGAUCUGUGGAAUGUCAUGGAUACGCUAGCAAUCUUUUACUUCAUAGCAGGGAUUGUAUUCAGGCUUCAUUCAUCCAAUGAAAGUUCUUGGUAUUCUGGGAGAGUCAUUUUCUGUUUGGACUACAUAGUUUUUACUCUGAGGCUGAUCCAUAUUUUCACAGUUAGCAGGAACCUAGGACCAAAAAUUAUUAUGCUACAGAGAAUGAUGAUAGAUGUCUUCUUCUUCCUCUUCCUCUUUGCUGUGUGGAUGGUGGCCUUUGGUGUGGCCAGGCAAGGCAUCUUGAGGAAAAAUGAGCACCGCUGGGAGUGGAUAUUCCGAUCAGUUAUCUACGAGCCAUACCUGGCUAUGUUUGGCCAGUACCCUGAUGAUGUUGAUGGUACUACAUACAACUUUAACCGCUGCACCUUUUCUGGGAAUGAGUCCAAGCCUUUGUGCGUGGAACUGGAUGCCAACAAUCAACCCCGCUUCCCAGAAUGGAUUACCAUUCCCCUUGUGUGCAUUUACAUGCUCUCAACUAACAUCCUCCUCGUGAACCUGCUGGUGGCUAUGUUUGGCUACACUGUUGGAUCAGUACAAGAGAACAAUGACCAAGUGUGGAAGUUCCAGCGUUAUUUCUUGGUCCAAGAAUACUGCAGUCGCUUGACUAUCCCCUUUCCUUUUGUCAUCUUUGCCUACAUCUUCAUGGUGAUAAAGAAAUUUUUUAAAUGUUGGUGUAAGAACGAAAGUAAAGAGCCAUCUACUUGUUGCUUAAGAAAUGAGGACAAUGAAACUCUGUCAUGGGAAGCUGUCAUGAAAGAAAAUUACCUUGUCAAAGUCAAUACCAAAACAAAUGAUUCAUCAGAAGAGAUGGUGCAUCGAUUUAGACAACUGGAUGCAAAGCUCUGUGAUUUGAAAGGACUCUUGAAAGAGAUUGCUGGCAAAAUCAAAUGAAUGAAGCUGAAAUCCAAGAGCAGCUACCUGAGCAGGGUGAUUCAUCAAUAAUUUCUCAGAGAUGAUGGUAGCCACCAUGCUAGAUGUAAUCAAUUCAGCAGA